GACCGCAUCAAAAAAAGUGAAUUUACAGAAUAUAGACAGCACCAACUCUGAAGGUGAUGGUAUCAAUGCCAAAAAUAUCGACACAGUUCUGAAAGAUCUAUCAAUAAUUGUCGAAGGAUUACUGAAUAGUAGAACAGACACAUUUGGGAAGUCAGCUUUUAAAGGUACUGAGUGUUCUUGGGAUCACAGUCAAAGAGAUGAAUCACGUAUAAAUACUCAAGCAGAUGGUCUAGAAACUGCACGAUCUGAGCUGUACCAUGUUAUAGAAAAAACAGACCAUAGAUAUAAAGAGCUACAGAACAGUGUGGGCAUUUUAGAACUAUCGCUGGAGUCCGUGCUUGCGGACGACAGUGACUUCUGGUUGGAGGAAUUGGCAUGGCAAGGACGUGAUGACCGAACUCUGUGGAAACAACAGGAACGAAACAUCAUGGGCAAAGAGAAUAUGAAGUUAAGGAGUAUUUUAAGGCAACGUUCUGCUCAACUUGGUGAAUGCAAUGCCAAUGUCGCAUCUAUUCAAGAAAGAAUGAAUGAACUACUGAAUGUGUGUGUAGAUAUGAAAACCCGGUUCCUGUUGUAUGAACAUUACAUAGAACAAAACCGCCUGGAUUCUGAGCCAUGGAAAAAGGAGAUUGGAAGAUUAGAGUAUGUAAAUGAAGGAUUGAAAACUGAAUUGAAAAAAAUUAAAAAGAAUCUGCUUAGUCUGGAAAAUAAACUAGAUAACACUGAAAAGGAUAAAAGUGAGUUAUCUGCUGAUUUAGGAAUUACUUUAAAAAAGCUUAACAUGAUAAAGGAUGAACUAUCUCAAUCACACGAUAAGAACAACAAUCUGCAGUUACUAUAUGACAAUGUGAACAAUGAAGUUGACAGCUUGAAAAAGUCAGUGAGGUCACUGAGAAGAAAGAAGCUGUUGGUUACCGAAAAGAGAGAUCAUUUAGAACUGGCUUACUCUGCAACAAAGGAAAAACUUGAGAAGGAACAAAGAGAAAAGAAACUCCUUGGUGAGAAGAUUCAGCAGCUGCAGAAAGACAAAUGUGACAUGGAAAAAAACAUGAAACAAAACAUUGGCACGUUGAUGUCACUUUCAUUUGUUUCAGCCCAGCAAAAAGAGAAGUUAAGCAUAAUGGGAAAGCAGCAGAAUAUGGCUGAGAUGAAGAAUUGUGAACUUGAAGAUCAAUGUUCAACAUUGAAAAAGGAA